AUGCCGCCUCUUCAGACAUCCUCAUUGGUUGACGCCGGCCUCUUGCUGGGAGUCAGAUCAUCAGCACAGUGGCUUUUCCUGAUUGGAGACUCCUCUCCUCCAUCCCUGCACUUCAGCACAGAGGUCUCUUGGCCCCCAUACACUCCACCCAGUGCCAUGAAGGUCCUGGGUUUCCUCCUCGUGCUACUGGUGCCCCCAGGGGCCAAACUUAUUGGGAAGCUGGUGCCAGGGACCAAGCCCUGUCUGCCACACUCGCAACCCUGGCAGGCCGCCCUCUUCACCCACCAGGGCUACAGCUGCGGGGGCACCCUCAUUGCCCCAGAGUGGGUGCUCACAGCUGCCCAUUGCCAGAAUGGCCUGAUCCAGGUGCGCCUGGGUGCCCACAACCUGCAGGGGGUGGCCAGCGGAGAGCAGCGGGUGAUAGCCAUCCAGUCCUUCCCCUACACCAACUACAGUGCCCGGAGCCGGGAGGGCGACAUCAUGCUGCUCAAGCUGGUGCCCCCUGCUGUCCUCACUCGCUACGUGCAGCCCCUGCCUGUGGCCCCCACCUGUGCCCCCCCAGACACCACCUGCCUGGUCUCAGGCUGGGGCAGCACCACCAGCCCCUACGCCACUUUCCCAGACAUCCUCCAGUGCACGAAGGUGUGGACUGUGUCCCAUGACCACUGCCGGGAGGCCUACGGGAACCUGGUCACCCAAAACAUGAUGUGUGCUGGGGUCAAGGGAGGUGGUCGGGACUCAUGCCAGGGUGACUCUGGCAGCCCACUGGUUUGCAAGGGGCAGCUGCAGGGCAUGGUGUCCUGGGGAGAGCUGGAGUGUGUCCAUCCCAACAAGCCUGGUGUCUACACCCAGGUCUGCAAGUAUCUCGAGUGGAUCUGCAAGACCAUGGAGGACAACUGA